UGUUCUGUCUCAUCUCCGUGGAUUUAUAUCAGAAAAAAUGUUGUGCUUGAAAUGUUAGCUUUAUCCAUAAGAUCCUAGGGAGCAGAGGCGGGAAGGAAUCAGAGAUGAUGGAUUUAGCCUUUAAAACGGAGAUACAAGGAGAAUGAUUUCACGAUACAGCAGGAGACCCGUGUCGCAUAAACUUGAAAUUCGUGGGUUGUCUCGAAGUAGCCUCGAUCACCACCCUCUCCCGGAAGAAGACAUCCAAACUCCCCCGCGCUUCCUCCAUGACCUUCAGGGAUCUGGCUCUGCACACAACAGCUCACAGACCUCUGGAGCUUCAGGACGCUCCGACUGUCCCACCAUCAUUCCCGUGGACUCCAACCAGUCCUGGUCCGGGAUCCACAGCUGCACAGGGACGGGCGUCUCUACAGAGAGGAGCUCGGUUUUCUCCUGGGGUUACGAUGAGUUUGACAAAGCAGCGUCGCGGCAGGUGCAGCAAAUGUUCGAGGAGAUCGACAGAGAGCUGUACGAGGGAAGAGGGAGCGGAUCGGGGAUUCUUCCCGGCCUCAUGGAGGAAUGCCAGCAGUGGACUUCGCGUUUUCCACAUCUCCGGAUUCUGGGGAAACAGCUGCUGCAUCCCACGGAUGAGGGUUUCCAGUGGUUUGCCACUCCAGGAGGAGUCACCCCGGCUGACCGCCCUUCAACUGGCAGAGACGGUCGUGUGAAGCCUAAAGAGAAAGACGAGGACGAGGCAGAGUUGAACGUUCAGGGCAGGAGAGCUCCUCUCAUCAGGUCCUGCUCAGUAGACCUCGAUGACCCUCCUCAUGACUGUAGCAGCCUCAGAAGUCCAGAAACUCCCCAGGAGAUUGAAGUGGAGGGUCUGAUGGAGGAAUUCCUGGCUUUUGAUUGCAGGGAUGUGGAUGAGGGGCAGGAGGGUUGCUCCGAGUGGGUCCAGAGGCACCACUGUCUACCUCCCGUCUCGCCACACGAGGGUCGUCGUCAGGCAGUUCUGGACUCGCUGUUUGAUGAUGUGUGGCAGGAGGCGGUGGGCUGGAUGAAAGACUUGCUCCAGAGCUACUGGGAAUACUGCUCGUACGAUGAAACGAUCUCUGGAAGCGUUAGCCUUGCACAGCCAGACUCCCAGGAUGCUUUGCUGCUGAUGUCCGCUCUGUCCACGACGCUACCCAAACUGGGUCAAAGCCGGAUGACGCCCUUUACAGCUGGUCCACAGUACCAGAACACAGAGGCGAGGGGCUCAAAGCAAAAGUCCAGAUGGAAAUCCAAAAAGCAGAAAAGGCCUUCCACUACUGGGAGGGCGCCGAUUGGAGCGGCGGCCGCCCAGCACAACUUUAACGACCUCAUGGUGAUCCAGAGCAUUCCCCUGCAACACCGGAACCUGGGCCAGACGGACAGAAACCAGGACCAGGAGGAGCUUCCAGCUCACAGACUGGGGUCCAGCGCCGCCCCCUCCAACAAACUCCGCCCCCGUCGAGCCCUGGAGCAGAGUUCUUCCUCGCUGUCCCGCACUGCGCAGUCGGCGCGGCGCAGAAACCCGCCCCCUCGAAACCUGCUGCCUCUGGUACCGAGCUUCAGUCAGUCCAGCUCGGGAGGAGUUUCUCUGGAUGAAGUCAUCCGGGGGAAACGGCUCCCCACAGCCAGCGACCCCCUGACGUCCCCCCUGCUGGCUCUGAGCCGAAACACCCUCUUACCCCCCAUUGGAACGGCAGACUUGGAAUCAUCCCACGCAGGGCAGCAUCCAAAACUCUCACAGCGCCAGAAAGGCCCGUCCAGCCGCGCUCACAGUGCUAUAAACGAUGAGGCUGGAGGUUUGAUUCCGCGGGAUCGACACCAAUUUCUGGACAUCUUUUCACGCCCAAACACAACUCACACGUAUAGGUCGGACACUCCGUACCAGCGUUCCUUUACCAUUCUGGACAACAUCGGGCUGGGCCGGGCGGGAAGAGGCUCCGUUGGCGCAGACUCUCUGGGAAUCGGGGUGACCGGCAUCAGUCUCGGCAUCAGCAGCUCAUCUUUCUUGGAUUCGUUUCCACACCACCCGCUGGGGCACUCGCCCAUCAAAGACGACGGCGAUGCAGAGCCGCAAGCCGUUGUCCCAGCUCCACUGGUCCCUGCCUCAGUCGCACAUCGGUCCCACAGCCGAGGAGGCAUCUCAUCCAGAGCCAGCAGACCCGGCCUGUAGCGUCCUUCUGAUCUGCCAUCCGUCCGUCUUUCCACAGCACUCCAACAUGCUUUUCCUUCGACAAACAACUCUCUUUUUUAUUAUUUAAUAUUUGUAUUCCACUCAAUAAUUAAGUCUGCCAAACACACAAAAAGAAAAAGUAAUGCGUUUCAAAUAGUUGAAAUAAUGGAAGUGUGAAUGUAAUGUGUAUUUGGUGAACAUGUUAAUUAAGUUUAUGCAUUCUCUGUGCAGCAGUAUUUAUCUAUGCAGGGAACGGGUUUCCUCUGACAGGUAUAUAGUGAAAAAAAUGACUUGUUUGAUGCUACACCUGAGGCUGUAUCCAUCUGUGCAGAACUUCCCAUUCAUAAAUGAGGAAUAUCAGAUUUUCUUUAAAAGCUGCUGUCAGUUAUUUCUACAACUGGCCAUUCUGUUCAAAUGCACCUACAAUGUAGGACGUGUAAAUAAUUCUUUGAAGAUCUGUUAAUUGUGUGUACAUACUAUUAAUUUAUUCUCCUUUUUUGUAAAUAAAAAUUUCCGGUGAAAUAAUGUUUGAGGUUUAUAAUGGGUUAAAGUUUAAAUUAAAUGAGACAAUCGCACUUUAAAGGCACUACUUCAGCAAAA